AUGUCCGCCCCUGUCGCCCUCAUCCUCGGCGCUGGCUCCAACACGGGCCAGGCCGUCGCGCGCGCGUUUGCCGCCGACGGCUACAAGAUUGCGCUGGUGGCGCGCUCGCUGAAGGAGGCAGACAGCGCGGACGGGUACCUGCGCAUCCGCGCCGACCUGGCGGACCCGUCGUCGGUGGCGGGCAUUUUUGCCAAGGUCAAGGCGCAGCUGGGGGCGCCAAAGGUGGUUGUGUACAAUGCUUCUGGCGGACGGCCGCCGAUGCCGCCGCUGGCCACGACGCUGCCCGAGUUCACGACGGUGUUCAACAUCAACACGACGACCGCGUAUGCCGCCGCCAAGGAGGCCGUCAAGGCGUUUGGCGAGCACUCGGUGCCCACGGGCGUUUUUAUUUUUACGGGCAACAUCACCAACAUCCACCCGAUCCCCACCAUGGCGCCCAUGAGCGCCAGCAAGUCGGCCACGGCCACGCUGAUCCAGUCGUACGCCGAGUGGGCGGCGUCGUCGCCGCAGGCCCCGCGCGGGAUCCGCUUCUACUAUGCCGACGAGCGCUUUGCCGACGGCUCGGCCGUGUACGGCGCCAUCAACGGCGAGGCGCACGGCGCCAUGUACACGGCGCUGGCGCGGGCGCCGACGCAGGGCCCGUGGCUGCAGACGUUUGUCAAGGGCAUUGGGUACAAGGCGUUUUAG